AAAAACCAGUGAAAACCGAACGAAAACUCACAGCACACAACGAGGGCUUCGAACUUCGCUCGUGGUUCGUGGUGAGGGUUUGUUUACAGUUGCAGCACCCUAAGGAAGAAGCUAGGUAACGCUCUGUGGUUCUCACUGUGAGAACUGAGAUUCGUAGCAAGCAGCAUCGUUAAUGAAGAGUGAAGAAGAAGAAGAAGAAAACGAUGAGUACAUGGAACUACGUCGUCACAGCUCACAAACCCACCAACGUUACCCAUUCUUGCGUCGGCAAUUUCACCGGCCCUCAAGACCUCAAUCUCAUCGUCGCGAAAUGCACCCGUAUCGAGAUUCAUUUGCUCUCUCCUCAGGGCUUGCAGCCCAUGUUAGAUGUGCCCAUUUAUGGAAGAAUUGCCACCCUUGAACUCUUCCGCCCUCAUGGUGAAGCACAGGAUUAUCUGUUUGUUGCGACUAAGCGAUACAAGUUCUGUGUUCUUCAAUGGGAUCCUGAGACUUCUGAACUUGUUACAAGGGCUAUGGGGGAUGUGUCUGAUCGUAUAGGACGACCCACAGAUAAUGGACAGAUUGGCAUUAUCGAUCCUGAUUGUAGGUUGAUUGGACUCCAUUUGUAUGAUGGCUUGUUUAAAGUUAUUCCCUUCGAUAAUAAAGGACAACUCAAGGAAGCGUUUAGUAUUAGGCUUGAGGAGCUCCAAGUUUUGGAUAUUAAAUUUCUCUUUGGUUGUUCAAAGCCAACUUUUGUGGUUCUUUACCAGGACAACAGAGAUGCUCGUCAUGUGAAGACGUACGAGGUUGCUCUGAAGGAUAAAGAUUUUGUUGAGGGUCCAUGGUCCCAGAACAACCUUGAUAAUGGGGCUGAUUUAUUGAUACCAGUUCCCCCUCCUCUUUGUGGUGUGCUUAUUAUUGGUGAAGAAACCAUAGUAUACUGUAGUGCCAAUGCUUUCAAAGCUAUUCCAAUCAGACCUUCAAUUACAAAAGCAUAUGGAAGAGUUGAUCCUGAUGGUUCUAGAUAUUUACUUGGUGACCAUACGGGGUUGCUUAGUCUGCUUGUAAUAACCCAUGAGAAAGAAAAGGUUACAGGACUGAAAAUUGAGGCCCUUGGGGAGACUUCCAUUGCAUCUACAAUAUCAUACCUUGAUAAUGCAUUUGUCUACAUUGGUUCAAGUUAUGGAGAUUCUCAGCUUAUAAAACUAAAUCUACAGCCUGAUGCAAAAGGCUCUUAUGUGGAUGUUUUGGAAAGGUAUGUCAAUUUGGGGCCAAUUGUUGAUUUCUCUGUGGUAGACCUUGAAAGGCAAGGCCAAGGUCAGGUUGUAACCUGCUCUGGAGCUUACAAGGAUGGUUCUCUUCGUGUUGUCCGUAAUGAAAUAGGGAUCAAUGAACAGGCAUCUGUAGAACUUCAAGGUAUCAAAAUGUGGUCACUAAGAUCCUCAACAGAUGACCCUUUUGACACUUUCCUGGUUGUAAGUUUCAUAAGAGAUACGAGAAUCUUAGCAAUGAAUAUUGAGGAUGAGCUGGAUGAAGUUGAGCUUGAGGGAUUCUGUUCUCUAGUACAGACAUUAUUUUGCCAUGAUGCAGUUCACAAUCAACUUGUACAAGUCACCUCAAGCUCUGUGAGACUGGUCAGUUCCACAACUAGGGAGCUACGGAAUGAAUGGCAUGCACCAGAAGGCUUUUCAAUAAAUGUAGCUACUGCAAAUGCUACCCAGGUUUUGUUGGCCACAGGAGGUGGGCAUUUAGUUUACCUCGAAAUUGGAGAUGGCAUACUACAGGAAGUAAAGCACGCCCAACUGGAGUAUGAGGUCUCAUGCCUAGACAUAAAUCCAAUUGGUGAAAACCCCAAUCAGAGUCAUCUAGCAGCAGUUGGAAUGUGGACUGAGAUAAGUGUUCGAAUUUUUUCUCUUCCUGACCUGAAUCUCAUCACAAAGGAGCAUUUAGGAGGAGAGAUAAUACCUCGAUCUGUUCUUCUUUGUGCGUUUGAAGGGAUAUCUUACUUGCUAUGUGCCCUUGGUGAUGGUCAUCUCUUAAACUUUAUGUUGAACACAAGUUCUGGCGAGUUAACAGAUAGGAAAAAGGUCUCUCUUGGGACACAACCUAUUACACUACAGACUUUCUCAUCCAAGAAUACUACCCAUGUAUUUGCUGCAUCUGAUCGGCCAACUGUGAUUUACAGUAGUAACAAAAAAUUACUGUAUAGUAAUGUGAAUCUGAAGGAAGUGAGUCACAUGUGCCCUUUCAACUCUGCUGCUAUUCCAGACAGGGGCAGAAAGAAGAAAAAGGUGAAGGAGGGGUUGUCCAUGACUGCUUUGCUUCAAUUUCUAUUGUUGCUUCUUAGCUUUGCUUCCCUUGGCCAUGCCGAAGUAAGCAACAGAGAGUUGUUUAAAAUGCGGAUAAGCUGUGGCUCGCUUCAAAAUGUCUCUGAUAUGAAUCGCAUGCGAGCAUGGACUGCAGACAAAUAUUACUCAGGUGGCAUAGCUGCCACUGCAUCUAGGACGAGUGCGAUCACUCCUGUGCUGGGGACUCUGAGAUAUUUUCCAUCAGAUUACGGUCCCAACAAUUGCUACACAAUUGAUAAAGUGCCAAAGGGCCACUACAUGGUGAGAAUUUUUUUUGCACUGAUUGCUCAAAUUGAAGAAGUGCCUCAAUUUGAUGUAUCAAUCGAAGGCACUCUAUACUCCUUGAAAUCGGGGUGGAACAAUGCUGCGGACCAAGCAUUUCUGGAAGUCUUAAUGUUUCUUAUGGAGGGGUCGGUUUCAAUAUGUUUGCAUGACACUGGUCACGGAGAUCCCGCAAUCUUCUCAAUUGAGAUACUUCAAAUGGACGAUAAUGCGUAUUUUUCCACACAGGAAAAUCAAGUUUAUAUACUUAGAACAAUUAAAAGGCUGAGUUGUGGUUUUGCGCAGUUAAGAUUUCUACCUGAUUACGGUAGUGAUCACUAUGGAGGGGAGAGAUUUUGGCUCCAUAUAAGUACUUUGGAAGAGGAAGCCGGUCUUCCUACAUCUGUUCGUACUAGAAUUGAAAAUGUUAUGCUACCGCCGAACUUUUAUCCAGAAUUUCUGUAUGAAUCAGCACUUGUUAGUACUAGUAGCCAGCCUAGUCUAACAUAUAUAUUGUGUUUGUUUGAAUUUGUCUUUCUAUUUUUUAGUCUAAUUAAAAUUAGGAAUGGAAACAUUUCCUGAACCUAAUUAGGAUGGAGUUUAGUCUAUUUUGGAAUGAAUGUAAUCACUCAAAAUGAAGGAAGAAGGAACGUGAGGUAAAGAUAGAGGG